AUGUCACAUCUGUAUUUUAUUCUUUACCAUGUCACGUCUGUAUUUUAUUCUUUACCAUGUCACAUCUGUAUUUUAUUCUUUACCAUAUCAUAUCUGUAUUUUAUUCUUUACCAUGUCACAUCUGUAGUUUAUUCCGUACCAUGUCACGUCUGUAUUUUAUUCUUUACCAUAUCAUAUCUGUAUUUUAUUCUUUACCAUAUCAUAUCUGUAUUUUAUUUUUACCGUGUCACAUCUGUAUUUUAUUCUUUACCAUAUCAUAUCUGUAUUUUAUUCUUUACCGUGUCAUAUCUGUAUUUUAUUCUUUACCAUAUCACAUCUGUAUUUUUAUUCUUUUACCAUAUCAUAUCUGUAUUUUAUUUUUACCGUGUCACAUCUGUAUUUUAUUCUUUACCAUAUCAUAUCUGUAUUUUAUUUUUUACCGUGUCAUAUCUGUAUUUUAUUCUUUACCAUAUCAUAUCUGUAUUUUAUUCUUUACCAUAUCAUAUCUGUAUUUUAUUUUUACCGUGUCACAUCUGUAUUUUAUUCUUUACCGUGUCAUAUCUGUAUUUUAUUUUUACCGUGUCACAUCUGUAUUUUAUUCUUUACCAUAUCAUAUCUGUAUUUUAUUCUUUACCAUAUCAUAUCUGUAUUUUAUUUUUACCGUGUCACAUCUGUAUUUUAUUCUUUACCAUGUCACAUCUGUAUUUUAUUCUUUACCAUAUCAUAUCUGUAUUUUAUUCUUUACCAUGUCACAUCUGUAGUUUAUUCUUUACCAUAUCACAUCCGUAUUUUAUUCUUUACCGUAUCAUAUCUGUAUUUUAUUCUUUACCAUAUCACAUCUGUAUUUUAUUCUUUACCGUGUCAUAUCUGUAUUUUAUUCUUUACCAUAUCAUAUCUGUAUUUUAUUCUUUACCAUGUCACAUCUGUAGUUUAUUCCGUACCAUGUCACGUCUGUAUUUUAUUCUUUACCAUGUCAUAUCUCUAUUUUAUUCUUUACCAUGUCAUAUCUGUAUUUUAUUUUCACCGUGUCAUAUCUGUAUUUUAUUCUUUACCAUAUCACAUCUGUAUUUUAUUCUUUACCAUAUCAUAUCUGUAUUUUAUUCUUUACCAUAUCAUAUCUGUAUUUUAUUUUUACCGUCUCACAUCUGUAUUUUAUUCUUUACCAUGUCACAUCUGUAUUUUAUUCUUUACCAUAUCAUAUCUGUAUAUUAUUUUUACCGUGUCACAUCUUUAUUUUAUUCUUUACCGUAUCACAUCUGUAUUUUAUUCUUUACCGUGUCAUAUCUGUAUUUUAUUCUUUACCAUAUCAUAUCUUUUAUUCCGUACCAUGUCACGUCUGUAUUUUAUUCUUUACCAUGUCAUAUCUCUAUUUUAUUCUUUACCGUGUCAUACCUGUAUUUUAUUCUUUACCAUAUCACAUCUGUAUUUUAUUCUUUACCAUAUCAUAUCUGUAUUUUAUUCUUUACCAUAUCAUGUCUGUAUUUUAUUUUUACCGUGUCACAUCUGUAUUUUAUUCUUUACCAUGUCACAUCUGUAUUUUAUUCUUUACCAUAUCAUAUCUGUAUUUUAUUUUUACCGUGUCACAUCUGUAUUUUAUUCUUUACCAUAUCAUAUCUGUAUUUUAUUCUUUACCGUGUCAUAUCUGUAUUUUAUUCUUUACCAUAUCAUAUCUGUAUUUUAUUCUUUACCAUAUCACAUCUGUAUUUUAUUCUUUACCGUGUCAUAUCUCUAUUUUAUUCUUUACCAUAUCAUAUCUGUAUUUUUUUCUUUACCAUGUCCCAUUUGAAUUUUAUUCUUUACCAUGGCACAUCUGUAUUUUAUUCUUUACCAUAUCAUAUCUGUAUUUUAUUCUUUACCAUAUCAUAUCUGUAUUUUAUUCUUUACCAUAUCACAUCUGUAUUUUAUUCUUUACCAUAUCAUAUCUGUAUUUUAUUCUUUACCAUGUCCCAUUUGAAUUUUAUUCUUUACCAUGGCACAUCUGUAUUUUAUUCUUUACCAUAUCAUAUCUGUAUUUUAUUCUUUACCAUAUCAUAUCUGUAUUUUAUUCUUUCCCAUAUCACAUCUGUAUUUUAUUCUUUAUCAUAUCAUAUCUGUAUUUUAUUCUUUACCAUGUCCCAUUUGAAUUUUAUUCUUUACCAUAUCAUAUCUGUAUUUUAUUCUUUACCAUAUCAUAUCUGUAUUUUAUUCUUUACCAUAUCAUAUUUGUAUUUUAUUCUUUACCAUGUCACAUCUGUAGUUUAUUCUUUACCAUAUCACAUCUACAGCUCGCUCUCUCUCUCUCUCUUUCUCUUUGUCAACCCCUCCCUUUAUCUAUCUAUCUAUCUAUCUAUACUAUACUAUACUAUUUCUCAUUUCUUGUCUCUCAGAGAUAAAAGCCUAAGAAGAACAAGUAUCGACAGAAUGUUCGCUCCACUUUGCCCCACUCUUACUUUCUCUCUUUUUCCACUAUCCCUCUCUCACACUCAUAGACAUUGUCCCAACUUCCCACCAACUAUUUUUUUAUCUCUCUUUCUCCGCAUCACCUCUUACUUUUCCCCUGAAGGCUUAAAUCUCUCCACACAUAAAUAUUCUCUCUACACAUUGUCUCCUCUCACCUUCUCUCUUUUCCUCUAA